AUGUCUUCCCAUUCCAUUGCAGGGCUGCGAGCUCAGACCGUCCUGGUCAAUGACACCGUGUCGGGGUUCAUCGGCACAGACGUGGUCCUGCACUGCAGCUUCACCAACCCCCUCCCCAAUGUGAAGAUCACGCAGGUGACGUGGCAGAAGGCCACCAACGGCACCAAGCAGAAUGUGGCCAUCUACAACCCUGCCAUGGGGGUGUCCAUCCUCUCCCCUUACAAGGAGAGGGUGACGUUCCGGAACCCUUCCUUCAAGGAUGGCACCAUCCAGCUGUCCCGGCUGGAGCUGGAGGACGAGGGGGUUUACAUCUGCGAGUUCGCGACUUUCCCCACCGGCAACCGGGAAGGGCAGCUGAACCUCACCGUGCUGGCCAAGCCCACGAACUGGAUGGAGGGCACCAAGAGGCCGCUCAUCGCCAAGUCUGGCAGGACAGAAAAGAUCCUGGUGGCCACCUGCACCUCCUCCAACGGGAAGCCCCCCAGCACUGUCACCUGGGACACCAAGCUGAAGGGGGAGGCCGAGUUCCAGGAGAUCAGGAACAGCAACGGCACCUUCACGGUGAUCAGCCGGUACCGGCUGGUGCCCAGCCGCGAGGCCCAUCGGCAGCAGCUCAUGUGUGUGGUCAACUACCAGCUGGACAGGUUCACUGACAGCAUCACCCUCAACGUGCAGUAUGAGCCAGAAGUCACCAUCGAGGGCUUUGAUGGCAACUGGUUCCUCAACCGCAAGGAUGUGAAGCUGAUAUGCAAAUCUGAUGCCAACCCCCCAGCUCACACCUACGAGUGGAAGCUGCCAAACGGGACUCUGCCAGGGAGCGUGGAAAUCCAGAACAACACCAUCUACUUCAAAGGGCCCGUGUCCUACAGCGUGGCCGGCACCUACGUCUGCGAGGCCACCAACGCCAUCGGCACGCGGUCGGGCCUGGUGGAGGUCAAUGUCACAGAAUUCCCCUACACCCCGUCUCCAAUCGAUGAUCACAAAUCCAUGGUGCAGCCGAACAUCCCCACACCGGUGAUUGGGGGCAUAGUGGGAGGAGUCUCGCUGGUCCUGCUGGUGGCCGUGGUGCUCUUUGUGGUACUCCGGCGCCGGCGUCACACCUUCAAGGGUGACUACAGCACAAAGAAGCACGUGUACGGCAACGGCUACAGCAAGGCCGGCAUCCCACAGCACCACCCCCCCAUGGCCCAGAACCUGCAGUACCCCGACGACUCGGACGACGAGAAGAAGCCGGGCCCCUUGGGCGGCAGCACCUACGAGGACGAGGACGAGGAGGCGGGCGGCGAGCGCAAGCUGGGCGGCCCCAACAAGUACGAGGAGGACGCCAAGAGGCCUUACUUCACCGUGGACGAGGGGGAGGCCCACCCCGAGCCCUACGACGAAAGGACACUCGGCUUCCAGUACGACCCCGAGCAGCUCGACAUGGCCGAGAACAUGGUGUCGCAGAACGACGGGUCUUUUAUUUCCAAAAAGGAGUGGUACGUGUAGCCUGGCACCACCACGUUUGCUGCGCCCAGCGCACACACACAAACACACAC